AUAGGCAUUUUACUCUUGAUACUUGCUUUCAUUCUGUUAAGUUUGAACGUUGAGAAAUUGAAUAAUGAAAAUUCAGCUUAAGUACUUAAUAUUUGUAGCUUUGUUAGUUUUUUGUUCAUGCGAAGAUGAAAAAAAACCAAAGAAGCAUGACGAUCAUCCUCCAAUAAAGGAAGCUCACUAUGAUCAUGGUGAACACAAUGAAGAUUAUGACCACCAAGCUGUCUUAGGUUCUGAACAAGACGCCGAAGAAUUUUCUAAAUUGGACGCUGCUGAAGCUAAAGAUAGAUUAGAGAGUCUUGCCAAGGAAAAAAUUGAUUUGAAUAAAGAUCACAUCAUUGAUGAAAAUGAAUUGGCAAAUCAUAUCCUAAAAUCAUUCGUUAAGUUGGAUGACGCCGAGGCUCAGGUUAGAUUUGGAGAAACUGAUGCCGAUUCUGAUGAUAUUCUCACUUGGAAAGAAUAUAUGCAAGAAACCUACGGGAUGAGUGAAGAAGAACUUCAGGAACAAGCUAAAACAGACAAAGACAAGAAAAAUAUGUUAAAUGAUAUUCUUAUCGAAAAGUCAAGAUUCUUUUUGGCUGACAGAAACAAGGAUCAAACUUUGGACAGAAAAGAAUUUAACGCUUUUUACCAUCCAUUUAAUUACGAAUAUAUGCACGAAAAUGAAAUUAACAAUACUUUCAAAUUUCAUGACAAAAAUAGUGAUGGUUUCAUUACAUUCAACGAAUACUCUGAUGAGAAUGCUGAUAAAGAGACAGCCGAUUACGAUAAAGAACACUUUAAACAAUACGACAAAGACAGCAAUGGAAAAUUGGACAAAAAGGAAGUAGAAAAGUGGGUUAUUCCCGAUCACGGACAAUUGGCUAUUGAUGAAGCUAAGCAUCUCAUCAGUGAAACAGACGCUGAUAAAGAUGGUAAACUCACUAUAGAUGAAAUUAGAGAUCAACAUUCACUCUGGGUUGGAAGUCAACAUAUUUCUUUACACGAUCCAGAAGAGUUGUAAAAAAAUAAUAAUAGCAUUGUUGAAUUUUCACAAUAUAUUUAUUUCUAUAAAACACAAAAGUUUUUCUUAUAUGAAGACAAAAAUUAGGAAUAUAGAAAUCGAUGUUUUAAGAAUCCAGAUGUUCAAAUAAAAGUGUCUACUGAAAAUAUCUUAAGAACAGGUGUUCCUUAGUUUUCACACAUGUUUGAGUUUUCGAUUUUUUAACUUGAAAAACACUCUUUGUGCUUUUAUAAAACAAAUGUCUGCUAGAAUUAGAUUCACUAAAAUGCUACAACUACAUUGAGAGGUAGACACAAAAGGGGACAGAUUUGAAAGGAAUAAAAG